AUGGUCGGACUGGUCAAGUCGACCGCAGUCAGUCAAUCUGUCGUUGGGCGGACGAAUGCAGAAAAGCGCCAUGGAAUCCUGGGAAUGCUCCAGAACCCUUAUGUCUUUGCGACCUGUACGUUUGCAUCUCUAGGAUGUAUGAUGUACGGGUAUGAUCAAGGAGUCAUGGGUCCAAUUCUUGUCAUGGAGAACUUUCAAGCGCAUUUCCCGUCACUCACCGGUCCUACUAUCCAAGGAUGGCUUGUCUCGGCGCUCGAACUUGGUGCGUGGGCAGGUGCACUUUUCAAUGGCUAUUUGUCCGAUGCAAUUUCUAGAAAAUACAGCAUGAUGGUUGCAGUGUUUAUAUUCACACUUGGCACUGGCUUUCAAUCUGGCGGGCAGAAUCCGGCGAUGCUUUUCGCGGGUCGUGUCAUCGGUGGCAUCGGCAUUGGAAUGUUCAGCAUGGUCAUUCCGCUCUAUCAGGCCGAGAUAGCUCCGCCUCAACUUCGUGGAUCACUGGUCUCAUUGCAGCAAUUGUCCAUCACCAUCGGAACCACCAUUGCUUUUUGGCUUGACUAUGGAUUGCACUUUGUUGGAGGCACCCAUUGUCGAGAGAAAGCAAUUUCGUGGAGACUUCCAUUGGCUCUUCAGCUCAUCCCAGCUUGGAUAUUAUUCUUCGGAAUGUUCUUCUUGCCCUUCUCCCCUCGAUGGCUGAUGAUGAAGCACAGGGACGAAGAAGCAAUCGCAUCCCUUUGCAAGCUUCGUCGCCUCGAUCGGCAAGAUCCGCUACUUCAUGCCGAAUACCUUGAAAUCAAGGCUGCCGUCGCAUUCGAUGAAGAAACUGAACAGGAGCUUGUGGGAGCGGGUGGUCGACUUGCACCAUGGAAGAAUCUUUUUCUCCCGAACAUGCUCAAGCGGCUCGGUAUUGGUUGCUGGAUUAUGAUCUUCCAACAAUUCACGGGUAUAAAUGCCAUCCUUUAUUACGCUCCUCAGAUCUUUACCAAUUUCGGUUUCACUUCAACUACGAUCACCUUGCUGGCAACCGGCGUCACCGGCAUCCUUCAGAUUAUAUUCACCCUGCCAUCAGUAUUCUUCCUAGACAAUUUUGGACGAAAGAGCUUUUUAAUUGUUGGAGCAAUUGGCAUGUUUUGUUGCCAUAUUGUAGUGGCUGGCAUCGAUGGGAAGUACGAAAAUGAUUGGAAGGGUCAUAAAGCUGAAGGGUGGGUCUCAAUUGCGUUCAUUUGGCUCUUCUGUGUUAAUUUCGCAUACUCUUGGGGACCUGUCGCCUGGGUGCUGACGCAAGAGAUUUUCCCCAAUUCUAUGCGAUCCCGCGGUGUCUCAAUUGUUGCAUCCACCAAUUGGAUGUUCAACUUCAUCAUCGGACUCACCACACGUCACAUGCUGGAUUCGAUGAAAUACGGGACUUAUAUCUUCUUUGCCAUAUUCUCAGGCGGCGGAGGCCUUUUUGUUUGGCUUCUUGUUCCCGAAACGAAAGACAAGACUCUCGAAGAGCUGGACAUUUAUUUCGGGGCAGCCGAGGAAAGCAUCGCUGCUGCUGACAGAGCAAGAAUGCAACGAAUCAACGAGCGGCUUGGGCUCGCCGGUGUUGAGCGACCGGAGGACCUCCUAGAUGAGAAGGCAGGUCCUGUGGCGGCCCAUGAUGAGGUGCGCUCUUGAAGAGAUGAUUAUGGAGAGAAAAGGCCCUGAAGCCGCAUUGGAACUUAAAUAGCCCAGUUAGGUCCAUGAUGUCACCCCAAAAUUAAUACUAAGACCGGCUGAGCGCUCAGUAGUCUUGAAAUGUCAGAUUCGGCAAGGGGAAUGACAGCGGCACAGGAGAGCAUUAUGAUUAGUGAGGCUUCUAUCAAUCGUUUUCGUUGUAUCACAAUGUAAUCUCAUACGCUCUGUAAUAAAGGUCAAACCAUGGUCGAUAGCCCUGUAUUGUGAAGUCGAUAUGGAAUUCAUAAGCUUCGAUGUAAUAAGUCGUCAAGAUAACGAAAAAAAAUUGACCUAUCCGAGCCACUUCCCCGCUUC